GGGGCGGAUGCGCAGAGGUGCACCACGUGUGGUGUUCCUCCAGCGCAGUCAGGAUCUCGUCUAGUUUGGGUCUAGGUUAGAUUUGGAAUCGUGGAGAUGCGGAAGGAAAGCCCACCUCCGCUCGUGCCCCCGGCGGCCCGCGAGUGGAACCUGCCCCCCAAUGCGCCCGCCUGCAUGGAACGGCAGUUGGAAGCUGCACGGUACCGCUCUGAUGGUUCCCUUCUGCUCGGGGCUUCCAGUCUGAGUGGUCGCUGCUGGGCAGGAUCUCUGUGGUUUUUCAAGGAUCCUAGUGCGGCCCCCAACGAAGGUUUCUGCUCUGCUGGCGUCCAGACGGAGGCUGGAGUAGCUGACCUCACUUGGGUUGGGGACAAAGGUAUCUUAGUGGCUUCUGAUUCAGGUGCUGUUGAAUUGUGGGAGCUAGAUGAGAACGAGACACUUAUUGUCAGCAAGUUCUGCAAGUAUGAGCAUGAUGACAUUGUGUCUACUGUCACUGUCCUGAGCUCCGGCACACAGGCUGUCAGUGGUAGCAAAGACUUCUGCAUCAAAAUUUGGGACCUGGCUCAGCAGAUGUCGCUGAAUUCAUACCGAGCUCAUGCGGGACAGGUCACCUGUGUUGCUGCCUCUCCCCACAGAGAAACUGUGUUUCUUUCAUGCAGUGAGGACAGUAGAAUUUUGCUCUGGGAUACCCGCUGUCCCAAGCCGGCAUCACAGAUGGGCUGCAAUGCCUCUGGCUACCUCCCUACCUCCCUGGCUUGGCAUCCUCAGCAGAGUGAAAUCUUUGUCUUUGGUGAUGAGAAUGGAUCUGUCUCCCUUGUGGACACCAAGAAUGCAAGCUGCACCCUCAGCUCAGCUGUGCACUCGCAGUGUGUCACUAGACUGGUGUUCUCUCCACACAGUGUUCCCUUCCUGGCCUCUCUCAGUGAAGACUGUUCACUUGCUGUGCUGGAUUCAAGCUUUUCUGAGGUGUUUAGAAGUCGAGCCCACAGAGACUUUGUGAGAGAUGCUACAUGGUCUCCACUCAAUCACUCCCUUCUUACCACAGUUGGCUGGGACCAUCAGGUCAUCCACCAUGUUGUGCCGUUAGAGCCUCUCCCAGCCCCUGGACCUGACAGUGUUGUGGAGUAGAAUGGAUUGCAGAAGAAAAGAGCCUUCUGUCUGCAAGUGUCGACUCGCUUGCCCCUGCCUUCCAUUUGUGAGAGAGAGAGCACAGGAGCCUUGUAGAGCAUGAUUACUCCCUAGUCCCGUGCAGUAACUAGUCAGAUUCUCAGCCUGAGGGAGGCUGCAUCCCAUAGUGACUUGGAGGAAAAAGCUUCCUUUAUAAAUGGAUGUAUGUGUGAGUACACGUGUGAGUGCAGUGUAUAGUUUGGAGUGGAGAAAAUUAUCCUUCAGCUUUCCCAAAGCAAUGCUCUUUACCCCCGACAAAAUGACCAGAGGAUUUUAUGCUUCCCAUGUCUGGGGGCUGACUAUGUUGUUAGGGAUAUGGAGUGUGGGUAUCCCUGGAUGCUUGGGAAUACUUCACAUUACUCAGAGGUGCGUAACUUAUUUUUAUAUAGAGUUUAAUUCACUAUAUGGGAAUUACUUCCCAUAUACAAAAGUCUAGCCAGACUACCUUGAGAAGACAGAACAGUUUUGUACGAAUGCCUGUUAAAUGGAAUCAAAUCCACUUUCUGGGUGAAUCAAUUUGGCCCUUGGAGUUCGCGCUCGCUCACCCUGUGUUCCUUCUUUUGUGUUGUGUAUGAGAGAUGAGUGCUUUCCUGUCCUAGAUUUCACAGUUUUAGGGAUGAUGGAGUACUUAAAUUAAAAGUGUUUCAGUGAAGCGAGAAGAUUGACAUGGAUUGUUACAGAGAAAUCUGUCAUUGUCAUUUUUCCCACCUAAAAAUUCCCUGAGGACUGAUCUGGGUACUUUGCUCUGGAGAGCUGAAGUCUGAGCGCUGUAUAUUUGGACUCCUAAGAUUGAAGAUCCGGCAUCAGAGAAACUGUCAAAAAUACUGGAAGGUGAAAUAAAGACUUAUCCUUUCAUCUUUCCUCCAAA